UAGCGCAAUUUGCGGUUUGACAUUAUUUUUUCUCUUUCUGUGGUCCAUGAAUUUGAAAAAUCUGUGCAAACGUCAAAGACAAGGCAACAAAAGUAGAAAGUUUGAUCUUUUAUAAAUAUCCAUCGUGUGAAAUGAAUUGCGAAGAAUACCGGCAGCAGCUGAUUCAAAUCGACGGUAUCCUCGAGGCCUGCGAUGACGACCAGCAAAAGGCAGAGUUACUCUCUCUAAAGCAAAACAUUGAAGAAUUGUUGUCGUUGUCGGCCGAACCGUCGAAUAGCCUUCACCAUGAUCCGUUAGACAACGAAUAUUCGUUGUUCUUGGCCGAAAUGGCCAAGGAAGAGGCCGCCCCUCGAAAUCCAUACAAGGACAUCGAGGGCAAAAAGUUCCGGGCGCCGCACGCACACCGUUUCGGUCAAACCGUGUACCACAACGCGAUGGUCUGUUCAGUUCCGUCAGAAAUAGGCAAUCAAGAUUUCGAGGUGCGGGUGUUGUUUCUAAACCCGACCCAUAAGGAAAUGUUGCCCUGCCCAUACUACUUUGACAUUGAAAAGGACUGCAAAUUCUCAGACGACAAGUGCAGAUUUUCGCACGGCGAAACGGUGCUAUAUUCGAGCUUGCGCGAAUAUGUGGAACCCAAAUUCGAGUUUCUUACAGUCGGCAGUUGGGUUUUGGCGAAGCGAUCAGAUAAUCUGUGGUGCCGGGCCAAGAUAAAACAUAUAUCUGCAGGCAGCUGCACCAUAAAAUUUGAAACACAAUCAAAGGUGGAAGAAGUCCCCUUGGAACAUGUGUUUCCAAUGAAAUCAGGAGAUGAAGAAAGCGAAGAAGAGGAUAGCGACACAGAAACAAGCGCGAUCAACAGGGACGAGGCUAUUAUCAACACGAGUUUGAUGAACGUUCCCUCCAAUCAGGCUUUGGGGGAAUGGGAGAAACAUACCAAGGGAAUUGGUUCACGACUGAUGCGCAACAUGGGGUACAUUGUGGGAGCCGGCUUGGGCAGGGAUGGUCUGGGGCGGGUGGACCCGGUACCCGCUAUUAUUCUACCACCAGGGAAAUCGCUAGAUUACUGCAUGAAGUUAAAGGAAAGACGAGGAGAUGUGAAUCUCUUCAGCGCAGAUAAGAAGUUGAAAAGACGUCAGAGGAGCACCAAUUUUAAGCCAGCGCAACCAAAGAAAGAUGUCUUCAAUGUCGUAAAUGAGGCGCUGAGAACGACGAGCCAAUCGGACGGUGACAAAAAGGAGAGGCAACGGUUCAGGGAGUCCUUGAAGGUAGAAUCUGAAAAGAAACUGAAUGUGACAGGGCUCUUGCUGCAUGAGAACAUCAUCAAGUGUGAACGGGCCAUUGAAGGAUACAAGGAAACAUUGGGAAGGAGUCCGGAAGAUUCGCAUGUUCACAAACGGUUGAUUGACAAAAUCACCUGGAAGCAGGACAUUUUGAAGAUGCUGCGCGCCAAAUCCGCUUUGCUAGUGCAGGAACAACAGACGAGAUUGGACAGGAGGAAGAUGACCAUAUUUUAAAUAUACCAUAGCUAAUUUAUUA